AUGCCACCUAUCCUUGGCUCUCUCAUCCAUCGUCUACUCUGCAUGAUGCGUCUAGGACAAGACCCACGCUUACCCCCCCGGUCUACAACCUUGGGGCUUGGCCUAGCUGGUUAUUCAGCCACCUUCGACACUGAAUUUCUUCGUAGGCACUACUUGGGAUCCUCAGCUGAGCCGCCCCUUGCCCGAAACGCUACGUCGCCUUCGACAACGCAGCAACCGUCUCCACUCGGCGCGACCGCAGAGGCUCCCGGCAUAGAUCGCCAAGACGUUCUUGGGGUUCAGCCUAGGGUUCAGCCUACAGCGAACUCAAAUCUAGGCCCAGACCAGGCCUACUCUAAGGCUGGGGGCGAGAAACGACGGUUACCACAACCAGCAGAGCAAAACAACUCACGUCUGUCGAUGGCGGAGUGUUUAGAAAGAGCACGUCAGCUCAGGACUGAGGUGCUUGAAGGAUAUAGUCAGCGGAUUGACGAUGGCACAGUGUCGGUCCAAGUUGAAAACGCGCGAUGGAGCCUUGGCAUAUGCCAUAUGCGCUGUGGCGAUUUUGCUGAAGCACGGGACUUGAUGGCUCUUGUAGUGAAGACUCGAGCUGGUAGGCUCGGUAAAGACGCCAAAAAGACGAUAGAUGCUCAAACGCAGUUAGAAUAUCUGGAUAUGUUAUUGACUGAUUCAAGAGUAAGAGGUUCACUUUCACCUGCGGGCGAAGAUUCAAGCAUUUGUCUCAACGACUCGAAUUCUAGUGGCGAGGUUCAUAGUAGCAUAUAG